CCCAGGGUUGGUUUUUCCCAGCUGCGGAGGCUGGGCCAGGGGCUGGGGUGCUAGGAGAGUCGGCGCCGGCUGCGCGGAGCCGGGAAGUGGCCGCGACUCCGGUGAGACUCAGAGUUGUCUCUGGAGGUGACCCGCGCGGAGGUCCUGAAGCGGAUCGAGCGCGAGGCGCCAACAAAAGAGGCAAGAGGGUGCCACCGGGGGGCGGCGGCCGGAAGAGGAGCGGGAGGAAGAGCUGAGCCUCCGGACUCGCCGUGCGUACUUUUGGAGGGAAGGGGCGGGGGAAUCGGCUCCGGGAGGGGGACGCCGGGUGGCGAGGGGUUUAGCCAAGUUCCGGCUGCGGCGUCCCUCCUCCGCUCCCACGAGAGGAAAGUUUUCUCCAGACGCUUCCGGCCGGCCGGCGCCCCCGGACACAGCUCCUGAGCCUUCGGAGCGGGCGCCGUCUCAGCCCAGCUCCGGGGAGAGCCGCGCCGCGAUGCCUGGGGGGUGCUCCCGGGGCCCCGCCGCCGGAGACGGGCGGCUGCGGCUGGCGCGGCUGGCGCUGGUCCUACUGGGCUGGGUCUCCUCGACCUCUCUCACUUCCUCGGCGCCCUCCACCUCCGCGUCUUUCCUGGCCUCCGCGGUGUCCGCCCAGCCCCCGCUGCCGGGCCAAUGCCCCCAGCUUUGCGAGUGCUCCGAAGCGGCGCGCACGGUCAAGUGCGUUAACCGCAACCUGACCGAGGUGCCCGCGGACCUGCCCCACUACGUGCGCAACCUCUUCCUCACCGGCAAUCAGCUGGCCGUGCUCCCUGCCGGCGCCUUCGCCCGCCGGCCGCCGCUGGCAGAGCUGGCAGCGCUCAAUCUCAGUGGCAGCCGCCUGCAGGAGGUGCGCGGCGGCGCCUUCGAGCAUCUGCCCAGCCUGCGCCAGCUCGACCUCAGCCACAACCCGCUGGUCCACCUCAGCCCCUUCGCCUUCUCGGGCAGCAACGCCAGCUUCUCGGCCCCCAGCCCCCUGGUGGAACUGAUGCUGAACCACAUCGUGCCCCCUGAGGACGAGCGGCAGAACCGGAGCUUCGAGGGUAUGGUGGCGGCGGCCCUUCGAGCAGGCCAUGCGCUUCGCGGGCUCCAGCGCCUCGAACUGGCCAGCAACCACUUCCUCUACUUGCCGCGGGACGUACUGGCCCACCUACCCGGCCUCAGGCACCUGGACCUGCGCAACAACUCGCUGGUGAGCCUAACCUACGCGUCCUUCCGCAACCUGACGCAUCUAGAAAACCUCCACCUGGAGGACAACGCCCUCAAGGUCCUUCACAACGGCACCCUGGCAGAGUUGCAGAGCCUGCCUCACGUCAGGGUCUUCCUGGACAACAAUCCCUGGGUCUGCGACUGUCACAUGGUAGACAUGGUGGCCUGGCUCAAGGAGACAGAGGUAGUGCAGGGCAAAGCCAGGCUGGCCUGUGCAUUCCCAGAAAAAAUGAGGAAUCGGGCCCUUUUGGAACUCAACAGCUCCCACCUGGAGUGUGACCCUAUCCUCCCUCCAUCCCUGCAGACUUCUUAUGUCUUUCUAGGUAUUGUUUUAGCCCUGAUAGGUGCCAUUUUCCUACUGGUUUUGUACUUGAACCGCAAGGGGAUAAAAAAGUGGAUGCAUAACAUCAGAGAUGCCUGCAGGGAUCACAUGGAAGGAUAUCACUACAGAUAUGAAAUCAACGCGGACCCCAGGUUAACAAACCUCAGUUCUAAUUCGGAUGUCUGAGACACAUUCGAGGACAGCUAUGCAUGAGAUGUAGACUUAAGCUUUAUCCUGUCCUAAGCUUGCUCCACUUCCACCCUCCACUAUGGACACCACUGACCUUGACUGAAAGCAGUGAAGGCAAUUUGCCCCGUUAUGUGAAGUUUCUUGGUGUGUCUUGUUAAUGUAAGACGAUGAGAAGCUGUGCAUAGUGCUUUAUCCUCUUCCUUUUCUUGGAACUCAACUCGUGUGGAGGGAUUUUUUAAGUUUCAGCAUGAACAUGGACUCCUGGCUGCCUGUUUCUCUUAGUACGGUUUGAGGGGUAGCCAGUGUACCCACACAGAUAGCAUUCAACAAAAGCUGCCUCAACUUUUUUGAGAAAAAUACUUUAUUCAUAAAUAUCAGUUUUCUCAUGUACCUAAGUUGUGGAGAAAAUAAGUGCAUUCCAUUGACUGCCUGCAGAUCUUAGCAAGCUCUUCAAAGUAACUCCAUAGUACACAGGAGCACCUGCAUCCGAGAGCAUGCUUACAUUUUACUGUUCUACUUAUUACAAAAAAUAACUUGCAACUUCAGAUAACUUCUUUGACAAAGUAAAUUACUUUUUUGGUUGCAGUUUAUAUGAAACUAUACUGAAGUUUUUUUAUAAACUGCAUUGAGAUCCAACAGGCUAAAUUGUUAAGAAAAACUUCAAUAAAGAUUCUUAAAAGAA